CUUCUGAAAUUUGAACGCAUUCAUAACAUCACAAUUGACAUUGACGUUUGUCUAUCCAAUUCCUGUCUUUUGAGUUUUCUCCGCUCCCUUUGCAAUCAUGGCGGUGAACAACAUUUCCAAAAAGCGAAAAUUCGUCGGUGACGGAGUUUUCAAGGCGGAACUUAAUGAGUUCCUUACUCGGGAGCUCGCUGAAGAUGGGUACUCCGGCGUGGAGGUGCGCGUUACGCCGACCCGCUCAGAAAUCAUCAUCAUGGCUACCAGGACACAGAGUGUGUUGGGUGAGAAGGGCCGCAGAAUUCGCGAGUUGACUUCCGUAGUACAGAAGAGGUUCAAUAUUCCCGAACAGUCUGUCGAACUUUACGCAGAGAAGGUUGCCACGCGAGGACUCUGCGCCAUCGCCCAGGCUGAAUCUCUCAGAUACAAACUCAUUGGAGGUUUGGCUGUCCGACGUGCUUGCUACGGUGUGCUCAGGUUCAUCAUGGAGUCUGGAGCCCGUGGUUGCGAGGUAGUUGUGUCUGGAAAAUUGAGAGGCCAGCGUGCCAAGUCCAUGAAGUUCGUAGAUGGCCUCAUGAUCCACUCUGGUGACCCUUGCAAUGACUAUGUCAAUACUGCGACCCGACACGUACUUCUCAGACAAGGAGUGCUCGGUAUUAAGGUCAAGAUCAUGUUGCCGUGGGACCAACAAGGCAAGAACGGCCCCAAGAAGCCGCAGCCGGACCACAUCCUGGUGACGGAGCCCAAGGACGAGCCCGUGCCGCUGGAGCCCACGUCGGACGUGCGCCCCGUGGCGCCCGCGCCGCUGCCGCAGCCCGUGCCCGCCGUCGCUUAGGUCUUAAGCUAACCAUUAAAUAUUAAAAACUAU